AUGCAUAACACUGUACAAAACUACUUUUCAUUGCCACCCACACCACCUCACACCCCCGGCCCUCAUCAUCAUCUUCUUCAAACACCGUUGCUCAUGCUUCCAUUUGAAGAAGAAGAAUGCGAUAUAGACGAUGAUGGGUUCUUCACAGACGAUGUUGGUUCGUUCAGUCGCUUCUUCGAUCUCGAGCACAAAAGGGUGGGAAGGCUUAACAACGUGCCGAGGGAACUUUACAAUAGUCAUUGUGUUGGUUCCUCUCAUGGGUGGCUGGUGCUCUUGGAUGAAAACACGGAUCUUUUUCUCCUCAAUCUAUUUUCACGAGUUCGAAUUCAACUACCCAACAAAGAAGCUUUACCACACAUACUGAGUGUUCAAAAAAAUUCUGAAGGCACGGUUCUUGUGACAUACAAGGUUGGCCAUUAUAGGCAGUAUACAUCACCCUUAAAAUAUCUCCACAAGCAGUUGAUCAGGAAGGUUAUUUUAUCCUCAAAUCCAUCUCACAACAACAAUUACAGAAUAGUUAUUAUCGACGGCAACCAAUUGAAGCUUGCCUUUUUUAGGCCUGGAGACGAUGCAUGGACUGGUCUUGAAGUUUGGGGCUUCCAUGGUUCCUUACCUAUUAAAAUAACCACUAUUGAUCCUUCUUUCCCUAUAAAAGAAGUGGAAGAACCUUGGCAAAAAGAUCUUUAUACUACACGUUGCUACUUGGUAGAAACAUCAGGUGAUCUUCUGCUUGUUGAGAGGUAUACUGGAGAGUAUGUUCAUGAUGGUGUACCAGUUUAUGAGGAAGACCUUCUCAAUGGUCAAACGAACCACCCUUUAGUUUGUCCAUACAAAACAUUGCAGUUCAGAGUUUAUAAGUUGGAAUUUGGUCAAAAGAAGUGGGUAGAGGUAAAAUCUUUAAGCAAUAGCAUGUUAUUUUUGGAUGGGAAUCACUCAAUGUCACUCUCUGCUCACGAUUUUCCAGAAUAUAAGGCAAAUUCAAUUUACUUCACCGACGAUUACGGGGAUCGAAUGGAUGAGGAUUACUUGUACGGGGGCCACGAUAUGAGUAUAUUCAACUUGGAUGAUAGAAGUGUUGAACCGUUCUAUCAAUGUAAUAUGCAGAAAAUUCAACCACCGCCCUUUUGGGUUGUUCCUAACCCAUAG